GUCUCUCGCGAGUUUCCGUAGUAAACAGUGAUGGCUUCCACCGAAGCACAACCUCGUUUCGGGCAAUCUGUUAAAGGUUUAUUGUCUGAUAAAGUCAGUUCUUGUAGUGGAGAUGUGAUUGCUUUAACCCGCCAAGUGUUAAAAGGAUCCCGCAGCCAAGAAUUACUCAGCCAGGCAGCGAGAAACAUGGUCAUUCAAGAAGAUGCCAUUCUGCACUCUGAAGAUAGUCUACGGAAAAUGUCUAUCAUAACGACCCACUUGCAAUAUCAGCAAGAGGCUAUUCAAAAGAAUGUGGAACACUCAAAAAACCUGCAGGACCAGCUGAGACAUUUAAUGAAAUAAUGGGGCUGUGAUCUUAAGCUCUUCUAUGAUCACACCAUGGACAUAGUUUCCAUUUUUUAAUAUUUCAUCUCAUUGACAGAUCAAACAUUAUGUAGCACACACUGCUUAACUUAUUAAAACGGCAGAUGAUGAUUUAUACUGUAUAGCAGAUUGCUCUGUUAAAAUAUCCACAUGUCAGUAUUCCCCUUUGCUCUAUAUUUUGCUGCUGGGUGGCCCUUGUAAAAUGUCUGCAGACCUUCAAGUGAAGGCUUUUCUGGAGGGAAUUUUUUUUCUGUUUUCAUAUUUGUCUUUUUGUAAUGAUAAUACAUUGACAAAACAUGUUAUGUCUCUUUAUGCUGGAUUGGAAUGUGUAGGAACAUUUGCAUUUGAUUUUUUUAGGACUUGCUGAAAAGAAGGUUCUUAAUUCACUAUUUACAAAUUGUGUUUUGAUAUUAUCUAUUCAUUUCUUGUUUAAUUGUUGCGUUGUUCCAUAUUUACUUAAAUGUAUAAUUUUUAAUUGCAUACAAAAUUACCAAUACUUUAGUUUGAUAGUUUGAUGGAACUUUAUUAAAAGUAUGUGCACAAGUAAGGCAAACAGGAAGAAACAUCCUUUGUUGAAAGUUCAAUGUGGGGGUACGUAAAGUUUAUCCCACAUGCAAUAUCAGCAGCUCCUCUGCAAGGGCAAGCAGAUGGAUGUCCUAGAGUCGGCCUUGAGCAUAACUCAAGGAUUCCACGACAAAGUCUUGAUUCACUGUAUGUUUGCAAGAUGUGUAUGCAUGUAUUUUUUGAAAGUAAAAUUUAAGCAUAAGCUUUGAA